AUGGGCUGCGGCGCGAGCAAGGCUACGUCUACCGCGGACGCCCCCGCGGAGCCCCCGCGCGGCGGCAAGAAGGCCUCCGACUCCGGCAAUAACAUAGCCCCCAAGGGACAGACGACAACACAUUCGGGGGCUGACACGGAUGCCCCCAAAAAGAAGCCGUCCAAGCUGGACGAGGCCGACGGCAUCGGCGCCAACUUCGACGCCGCCGCUGCCGUCACCGUCGCAGCGGGCACCGCCACGCUCGUGGCGGGCACCGUGAGCUCGGACGCCAGAGGAGCCCUGAGCUCGGCAGCGUCCACCGCGGGCUUGGGAUUGUUGGCAUUCGCGAAAGAGCUGCCGUGGGUCGCGCCGAUAGCCUUCCUGAUCGCGGGCGUCGUCACCGCGUCCGCCGAGGUUCACACCCUAAAGGCUGACGCGCAGGUGUUCUGCAAGAACGUCCAGAGCUGCGAGGCCAUCCUGAACCAGGUCGCCGCCAAGGGAUACCUGGGCCACGUGCGCGAAUCGGUGGAAGCCCUGCAGCAGACCCUGGAGGAUGGCCUCGCGUUCUGCCAACGGCUCAAGCUCCAGUACUUCAUCACGCAGCUCAUCAUGAGCGGACGGGACACCGUCAAGUUUCGGGAAAUAUCCAACAGCAUGCACAGGCAGGUGUCCGUCAUCGCCGCCGCGGCGUCCAUCGACGUCCAGGCGCAAAUCAGAGACGACUUUGCGCAGGGGGAGAAACUGAGGGAGAAGAUCGAAUCGUUGGGCGGGUUCGGCGAGGUGGCGAGCGACCCGACGAAGAUGACCGUCGCUCGCGAGUUUCUGAAAGCCUCCGACGAGCUGUUGCUGUCGUCGGUGGAGAACGUGCGCGACGCGGUGAAGGCCGAGGCUGAGAAGAACCGCGCGGCGAUGGAGGCGAUGGAGCGAAGGGCUUCGGAGCGGAUGGACACUUUACGGGCGCAGUCGGAGGCGCAGGCCAAGGUGCUGCAGGACCAGGUGGCGCAGCUCACGAGCAUGAUGGCCGCGGUGCUGGGACAGCGGACGGGCGCGGCGGCGGAGACAACGGGGGUGACGCUGGAUUUUGGGAGGGAGGACGGAGGCUUGGGCGGCGGCGGCCCGACCGCGUCAUCCCCUCCGGAGCCAGAGUCGUCCCCUCCGGAGCCAGAGUCAUCCCCUCCGGAGCCAGAGUCGUCCCUUCCGGAGCCGCACCCGGAAACGCCGGAGCAGGAGCGGGAAACGCCGGAUCCCGCGCCCGAGCCUCGACCCCGCGUCGCGACGCGGGACGAGGCCGACGCCGUCGCCGACUCCGUCUACUCCGGCGCCAACGUCCGCGACAUCAUGUCCAAGAUGGACCUGUACGAAGACGAGGCUGAGCGCCGUCGCGUGGUCUCCGACUCUGCUCUCGAGUACGAGGAAAUCGGGGACCUGGUCGAUAACGACGACCUGCACCUCCUGACUGACGCGUGCGCCAAAGAACUUGGCGUGACCGACUCGUUCAUCGGCAUAAUCGACUCGAAGCGCCAGACCUACGUCUCCCACUCCAAGUUUGACGUGAACACCGGCGAGGCCAGAGCCCACGGCGACGGCCUGUACUGCGCCAACGUCGGCACCGUGUGCAAGCACGUGGUGAAACGGGGGGACGCGAUGCAGACCAACGGUCCGACCCACGCGUCGAUGGCGGGUAUGCCGAACUUCACCGACCCGGAGUACGAAGCGAUCUGCGCCGUCGACCACGCCCAGGGCGCGAUCCUGGGCGACACGUUUGCGCAGUUCGCCGAGUACGUCGACGCGAAUUCUGAUAAACCCGACGACGCCAAGAUCGAAACGGAGUACGACCGGAGGGGCGAAGCGCACCCGCACGGCGCGGAAAAGGUCCCAACCGUGGGUGGCAUGCGCUCGUUGGCCGAUACCUUCCUCGGUUACGAUCACAUUCACUACACCGGAGUACCGAUCAAACUGCAAGGUCAGACGGUGGCCACCUUCUGCGCAAUCGAUCGAGAACGGGAGAGGCACGACGUGGACGUCGAGAAGGUUAGACUAUACGCGGCGAGGGCGCAGGCGAUGCUGGAGAAGCGCGCCGCGGAGAAAAAGCUGGCGAGGCUGGGAGUGCCGGCGGUCCCACCGACGGUGGCGGCCGUCGCGUGA